UUGGCGUCAGUUCCAUUUACAAUUUGAAAAGUAACGAACUUUUAAUUUUACCGUUUGUUUGAAUCAUUUUAGGUAGCACGGUUCUAAUGCAAAUGGUAUUAAUAGUGAUAUUAAUUGCACUGACGCAAGAAGUAAAUUAAUUGGUGUGGAAACUGGAGAUUUAACCACCCACUUUUCAGGGCAUUAUGGAAAGAACUCGAAUCCCGGUCUCUGCUAACAAAACUGUUACGCAACGACCUGCCAGAGGGGGCUUAUCUCGUCGCUCAAACUCUUGUAUGGAUCUUCGCAACUAUGGCACGACGCCUCACACAACGCCCCUGUCAAAUUGGAAUGCUCAAUCGACAAGUAAAAUUAACGAAAUUGCUAGGAGGCAGGUAUCUGUAAAGCCUACUUUGAAAUCCGUUCCACAAAGAGGUGCGACCACUGCUUCGACAGUAAAGGUGGGAAGUAAGAGGCCAGCACCCCCUGUAUCGGCGCCUACCAACGCGAAGGUGUCACGACCUCCAAAAAUCCCGGCCUAUGAUUACAAGGCACGGUUCAAUUCUUUGUUGGAAAAACACAAAGUUGUACAGCAAGCGUCCCAAGAUAAAGAUGCUGCACUUGCCGCUGCGCAGAGCCAGUGCGAAAAAUUGACAGAAAAUGAAAAGAUACUUGAAAGUGCACUCGAUCAAUCAAGACGGUGGGACCUAGAAAAGGUGGCGAAGUUAAACGAAUUAAACUCCACAGUGGCUGCUCUUCAACAGAUUGUGCUAGAAAAGGAUGCUGCAUUUGCCGACGUCCAAGGUCAGUGUGAAAAACUAGCAGAACAAAACAAGAAGCUUCAAAGUGAUUUGGAUCAAUUAAAUCAAGAUGCCACAGAAAAAGCAGAAAAAUUAAGCCAAUUAAAUUACAUAGUAUCUACCCUUGAGCAAACCGGACGUGAAAAAGAUGCCGCGCUUGCGGCUGCCCACUGUACAUGUGAAAAAUUAACUGAAAAAACAAAUGAGCUUUUAAGUGAUUUGGAACAAUCGAAACGAGUUGGUGUGGACAAUGAGUUAAAAAUUAAGGAAUUAACUGCUACAGUGUGUGCACUUGAACAGGAUCUGUUGAAAACUCGGGAAACUAACUUGGCCCAAGAAAAGUUGAUAGAGUUUUAUGGGACUACUAUCCAAGAACACGAGGAUGUUCGUCGUAUUAUGCACAACCAAAUUCAAGAUCUGAAAGGUACAAUUCGCGUAUUUUGUCGUGUUCGGCCACCAUUACCAUCAGAAGAAGAGAAACCUUUGUACAGUAUUGCAUAUGUUGAUGAAGCGACGUUGGAAAUUAGAAAAACAAAAGACCUUACGCACAAUACCAGCAGCAAGACAACGGAUGCUCCUUUGGAAUUCGUGUUUGACAAAGUUUUUGAGCCGGAAGCAUCACAAACUGAAGUGUUUACGGAAUUAUCGCAGUUAAUUCAAAGUGCAAUGGAUGGAUAUCACGUGUGCGUCUUUGCGUACGGGCAGACUGGUUCUGGUAAAACCUACACAAUGCAAGGUGGCGACUGUUCGUCUCCAGGCAUAAUUCCGCAAACUGUCGAUUUAAUAUUUAAACUUAUUGCAAAAUAUGAAAAAAUUGGUUGGUGUUACACCGUCCAAGCUAGUUUUUUGGAAAUUUACAACGAGACUAUUCGAGAUUUGCUCAACAUUCACAACAAAGAGCAGUUGGAGAUUCGUUUCAAUGAAGGUAGAGGCACCACAGUGACAAAUUUGACGACUAAACCUGUCCACUCUCCGCAAGAACUGCACACUUUGAUAUCGUACGCCACUCAAAACCGUGCAGUUGCAGUUACCAAUUACAACGAGCACAGUUCUCGAUCGCAUGUCGUCGCUAAAAUCACUUUAUCAGGUGUUCAUCUCGAUUCAAUUUAUAGUGGCUCGGUGAGUUUAGUGGACUUAGCUGGAUCUGAAAGUGCGAAGACGACUUGUUCCGAACGAAUGGCAGAAACUAAAAACAUUAAUAAGAGUUUGUCCGCUUUGGGAUCGGUUAUGAAUGCGUUGCAAAAUAAGGACAGCCACAUUCCCUAUCGCAAUACAAAAUUAACGUACUUACUUCAAAGUAGUCUGGGCGGUAAUUCGAAAACACUCAUGUUUGUUAAUAUUGCCCCAUUUCAAGAGUGCUACGGUGAAUCAAUUAAUGCCCUAAGGUUUGCUUCAAAAGUCAAAGAAGUUAAAUUAAUGAUGAAAAAAAAUAAAACUACCAUAAAAAAUUGAGUUGUGAUAAACUUAAUUAUAUGCUUCUCAUUUUAUGUUUUUGUAUAUUUAUGAAUUUGUGUUAUAAUAGCUUUUAUAUUAAACAACCAUUUUGUAUUUUUACUA